UCUCUCUCAAAAUGUGUUAGCUACAAUGCCAGUGGAAGGGAGAGAGCUUUUUCUUCUUCCUGCUAAUCUUCUGCUGUACCGGCAUUGCUACGGUGUCGUUUUGUGGUGAUGUGCUCAACUACCUUGGUCGCAUUUCACUUUAUGUCUGUUCGAAGCAGCUCGUGAUCCGCAGUACACUAAAACUACGCAUUUCAGGCAAUGGAGAAGUAUGAAAUACUGGAACAGAUAGGAAAAGGGGCUUUUGGCUCUGCCCUUCUUGUAAGGCACAAGCUUGAAAAGAAGAAGUAUGUAUUAAAAAAGAUCCGUCUUGCCCGCCAAACCAAUCGGACACGUCGAUCUGCACAUCAGGAGAUGGAGCUAAUAUCAAAAAUGCAGAAUCCAUUUAUUGUGGACUACAAAGAUUCAUGGGUGGAGAAGGGUUGCUAUGUGUGCAUUAUCAUAGGUUACUGUGAAGGUGGAGACAUGGCAGAAGCAAUAAAAAAGGCAAACGGUAUCCAUUUUCCAGAAGAGAUCCUAUGUAAGUGGCUUGUUCAACUUCUUAUGGCACUUGACUAUUUACACAUGAAUCAUAUUCUUCAUCGAGAUGUCAAGUGUUCUAAUAUAUUCUUAACAAGAGAUCGCGAUAUUCGUCUUGGUGAUUUUGGACUUGCCAAGAUGUUGACUUCAGAUGAUCUUGCUUCCUCUAUAGUUGGAACUCCCAGUUAUAUGUGCCCUGAGCUUCUUGCUGAUAUACCUUAUGGCUCCAAAUCAGACAUAUGGUCACUUGGAUGCUGCGUAUAUGAGAUGACAGCACUUAAACCUGCAUUCAAAGCAUUCGAUAUCCAGGCACUCAUCAAUAAAAUAAACAAGUCUAUUGUGGCGCCACUACCCACAAAAUACUCUGGUGCAUUCCGGGGUCUGGUAAAAAGCAUGCUGCGGAAAAAUCCAGAACUUCGGCCUAAUGCUGCAGAACUUCUUAGGCACCCCCACCUUCAACCCUAUGUGGUUAACACUCAUCUGAAACUCAAUUGCCCCAGACGCAACAGUCUACCAAUUCAAUGGGUGGAAACUGAAACAAUUAACACUAGGAAAAUUAGAUUUUCAGAGCCAGUUAACGUCCAUCCUCCAGUGAAUAGAGAGAGACGAUUAUCAUGUGGAAAUGACAGAACCUUGAAUCCCAGUGCAUCUGGAGCUGAUCAAAGUUUUCGUUCUUCUAUGCAAAGGACUGAAUAUACUCCUUUUGAUCUGCAUCCGAGAAUAAAACAGCUCUCCACUGAAAGCUCACAUGAAGGGACGGUCAUUACAAAAAAUGUUACUGCUAGAACCUCAAAGAUUGCUAAGAAACCAAAAGCAACAGCUAUAAAUGCUUCUACAGUGUCCAAGAGAAAAUCAGAGUUGUCUAAGAAUCGUGAACUGGUAAGAUCUCAAGAUAAUUAUGUGCAUGGAUUUAUGCAUUUUGUUUCUUGACCGUAUCUAAAAGAGGCACGGAGGAUUUGUGAAAAUAUAGCUAUUAAAUAGUUGUCUGCUUGGGAAAAAAAUGCCGAUGAACUACUGAACUAGUUAUCUCAAUUGUAAUUGUCUAUUUAGUGACCUUACGUGAAAAUAUAAUCCAACUUGGCUGCCUGCACAAACUGCUUAUUAUUGAGUUUGAUUUCCUAGUAUCUACACUAAAUAAAAUGAACUUGAUAGCCAACUCACAGAGGGAUCCAUGUUUACAAUCUUUUAGAUUUUAAAUCUUAUAAGCAUUCUUUCGAAAAUUUAUGUAUCACCUACUACACAAGAACGACCAUGAGUUAAGAUGGAGGCAGAAAUUGGGUAGUCAAACUAACUCUGAAGUAAGAAAUAUAACAGCAUCCUAAAACUACCAUUGCACUCGUAAUUUCUUAAUUAAAAUCAUUAAUACUUGAAUUCAAGUUGAGGAAGCCAAAGAUAAGAAUGCAUGACCAAGUGUAUAAUCCAAGAUUGGUUAUUACAUCUCAAAAUUCAACCUUCAUAAUUUGUAUAAUUAUCCUGUCGUUUUAGGAUAUUUAAUAGACACCUUUUGCAUGAUUGAUAUGGCACCAUCAUUAUUAAAAUGUCUCUCUCUUCGACUGUUGAACAACAUUUUAGUCAGAUGCAUUUAUGUUAGAUGAGAUUUCUAGUAAAUAGCUGAAGCAAUGUAAAUUUGUAUCAAGUAUGGGUGUAGGAGGAAAAUGCAGAAGUGGAAGUUAAUGGUAAAUAUCAAAUGGGUUGGUUGAGAACCUGAAACUCAGUGAGGAAGCAAGAGUUAGGUACCCUACUCUGAAAUCGCUAUUUCAUUCUACACUCUCAUAAGGCAUUGAUGGCUAAACUAAUGACAACUGAAAUAUGUAGACUAAGAAAUUAAGGGUACAUCAGUGAAUUACGUAUAAAAUAAUCUCUCUUCUCAUUACUUUUCUCUCCUACCUUCCCCUCCCCUUCCUUAUUCCUGACACAA